AUGAAUAUUGUUGCGGCGAAAAAAGGAGAAGAUCAGAAAGAUGCGUGGAAACAACAGUUGAAACAAAGAAAUGGAAGUGCUGAUGAACUGGAAAAAAUUGUUGAACAAACGUCUAAAGAACGUCUUUUGCUUGAAAAACAAGUUUCUUCAAACGUCGAGAAUUUACAAGAAGAAAUACAGGAUAUCAGCGCUCAAAACACAAGACUAGCAAAUGAUAACGAUAUUUUAAAAGAGGAAGUGUGUAAACUGCAAGAUUUUAAAUCAAAACACGACACAAUUUCAACUCGAGUGAAAGAAGUCCAGGCACGCAACGAGAAACUGGAAAAUGCGUGUUCGGAAAAGGACAAGCGGUUGUAUAAAUUGGAAAAGCAAGCGUUCACUGCGAAGAACAAUGCAUUACAGAAGAAAAACAACGAGUUGUUAUCCAAAGUUGACCAGCUUAAUCAGGUGUCCACUGCCUUGCAUGUCAGUCUUGCAAUAUCAGGCAUCACUUGCACUCAGGUUGAAAGAGAAUGCUCUCGUUUAAAAGAGUAUUCAGACAUUGGAAAACGAGAAUCUUGCGAUGAAAGAGGAGAAUGUGAAGUUAAGAAACGAAAUCAAAGACUUAUCCGAAGUCAAAAAGGAAGCCGAAUUUGGAAAAAAAUGGAUUUGGAACACCAAAGAGAAAAUGUUUUGUUGAAGCUCGGGGAACGAGAUCAAGAAAUUUCAUCUCUUUAUGAGAUCCUGAUAUUUACAUCAGAAGUCCGCUUCAAGACUCUCCCGACUUGGAAGAAAAACUCUCCAUAUUCAUGGCUAAGUACAAUUAUGAUCCAAUGCUAUAUUCUCCUAACGAGAACCCAGAAAUGGAGCUUGCUUCUCAAGCUGGAGAUUAUCUGUAUGUUUAUGGAGAUGUCGAUGGGGAUUGUUUCUACGUGGGUGAGCUCAUGAACGGCGAACGCGGUCUUGUUCCUUCGAAUUUUGUUGAACAAAUCGCAGAGGAAGAGGCCAUCUUGAAAGAAAGCGACGACUUAGAUGCUGAUUCUGAUAGCGAAGAUUUUCUAAAAGAAGACAGUUCAGACGACGAAAUAAUGUUAAAAGACGAGGAUGGCGAGAAGAGAGUAAUACGACCGAAAGCAUUUUCGGGUAAAUAAUAAGAAAAUAAUGAUUGAUGUAACCUGAGUUUGGUCAUAAAAUCUAGGUUUUACUAUAAUCAGGUAUUCCUGAUCAGACUUUUCGCGCAUGCGCUUUGUUGUUAGAACGCUGUCCGUACUAGGCGAGUCUCUCCACUCGAAUGCUGUGGAAAUUUGCUCCGAAGAUCAUGAAAUAGAAGAUAGGACUUGUGGGAAGGUGGAAGGAGCUGUUUUAAGUGUGAAUAAUGGGGAUAAAAAAGAUUUCGAGACAGGAAUUAAUUUAGAUUCGCCUAAAAAUAUUGAUGGAGGCAAUUUAUUGAGUAAUGGCA